AUGGCGGAGACGCUGAGGCGAGUGCUAAACCGGGGCAGCGCGGCCGGGACUGGGGAGAACACGGCUGAGUCCGGACCACCUUUGUUGCUGCUCGGGGCUCCAGGAUGUGGAAAAACAGCGCUGCUAUUUGCGGCGGCCUUGGAAGCGGCGGGGGAGGGUCGAGGUCCUGUCCUCUUCCUGACUCGGAGGCCUCUCCAAAGCCUGCCCCACGGUACUGCAAGAACGCUCGAACCUUUGCGUCUCCAGAAGAUUCACUUCCAGUACCCACCCUCAACGCAAGAGCUGCUCCGGUUCCUGUGCUCCGCCCAUGAGGCCACGGGCCCAGUGCCCUCCCUUCUGCUGCUCGACGGCCUGGAAGAGUACCUGACAGGAGAUCCAGGGUGCCAGGAGGCCGCCUACCUGGCCGCCUUGCUGCUGGAUACAGCUGCCCACUUCGGCCACCGAGCUGGCCCCAACCGGCAGUGUGGGCUCAUGGUGGCUCUGCAGACGCAGGAGGAAGCAGACGGCGGGGACACGCUGCAGCGGGCGCUGGUCCAGCGCUACUUCCCUGCUCAGUGCUGGCUACAGGCCUACGAAGCGGGCCUGGGAUGGCGUGGCUUCCAGGUCUUCCUGGAGCCAGGUGAGUCCGGGCCCAGGGCAGAGUGGCGAGUGACUUUCAGACCUGAUGGAGAGAUGACCGUCACUCCAGGGCCUAACCAGACAAGGGAGCCCAGCCUCCACACGAGUUCAGGUUCUAGGGGUCAGCUCUAAACUUUGCAGGGUGACAACCUCUCUCUACCUCAAUUUUCCCUGGGCUGGAAUAUUUCUCCCAGGGACAGCUGCAGAACCAAGACCUAAGGGACGCAGAGUGCUUUUCUCCUUAAAAGCUAGCAUUAUAGGAGUUGGGGAUGUAGCUCUGUGGAAAGUGCUUGCCUAGAACGUGUAAGGCCUUGGGUUACAUCCCCAGCACAACCAAAACUACACUAUUAUGUAUAUAUUAUGACCAGACAACUUUUUUAAAAA